CGACGCGCGAGAUGGUGCGGGAGAUGCCGCGGCACAUCUCGGAGCUCAGCGGCGAGAUGCUCUUCCUCAUGACCAAAACACAGGGAGGCUCGCUGAUCGCGUCUCGCGAGCGGCUGCGCCGUGACAUCAUGUGGGUGGACGACGUGGACUAUGAGGCGGCGGGCGUGCGCAUCGUGGAGAUCGCGCGGUACGGGACCGGCGAGUCGGCGCUCCUCAAAGCGCCGUACUACGCCGGCUGGGUCACGGCGCAGGCGGCCGGCUGGGCAUCCAUCCCGCUCGUCUUUAGCCUCGAGCUCGCGAUGAGCUUCAACCGGCACUACGUGAUGGCGCCGCUGCCGGACGAGGGCGGCACCGACACGCUCCUCGAGGUCGGCAUCUGGACCUGGCAGUGGAUGGAGCCGCCCCUCGGCACCUUCUCCUUCUUCCUCCUCUGCGCUCAGUUCGGGGCGCAGCAGCGCGCCAACCUCGGCAUCAAGCCGUUCACCGCGCGGCUGCGCUCGCGCAAGGCGAACCAGCUCUGCGCCGCCUUCCCGCAGUACGACCGCUCCAUCCUGCGCGACUACGCCAAGGCCAUCUGCUUCGACGACGCCGACGCCGACGGCCUCGACAACGAGCCGCUCUGGCUCGAGCGCUCGCGCGCCGCGGGCGGAAGGGACAACGUGAAGACGCCGAGCAUGUGAGGGCGAGGGGUGAGGCAGGGGCCAUCGGGGCAUGGGAUGAACGAGAGAGGACAACUUCAAACGUGUGGGACGGUGUGAAACAGCAAAAGCCAUAACACGCAUCACGGUUCACGC